AUGUUGAAUAUUCCCACGGCGUUGAUCUUCACGUCGCUGCUCCUGCUCGUAACCUAUCUGUAUCAGAAAUGGGCCACUUCGAGAAGACAUCAUGUUACGGCUAUGCAGCACGGAUGCCAACCACCUGCGAAAUACCCCCAUAGAGAUCCAUUCUGGGGCUACGAUCUCUUGAUACAGCGUAUCAAGGCCGCGAAAGAUGGACGGCAACUUGCCCUCUACAUGAAGCACUUUUCAAUCUAUGGCAAGACUUGGGAGGAGAAUUUUCUGGGCAAGAGGGUCAUCAACACAAUGGAAAUGAAAAACAUACAACAUGUUGCCUCUUCGGGCUUUGAGGAUUACGGCAAAGGCUCUGCUGCCAUGGGGAAAAAGUUUCUGGGAGACGGGAUAUUCUCCCAGGACGGCCCUGAGUGGAGACACUCUAGGGAUAUGAUCAAGCCCAUCUUUUCUCGGUCCGAGCUGUCUGAUGUGGAGCGCCUAGACUUUCACAUUGAUAGAUUGGUUAAUCUGAUUCCCCGUGACGGGAGCAUGAUCGAUCUCCAAGACCCGAUUAACAAGAUGUUUAUCGACUCCUCUUCCGAAUUCCUCCUUGGCAAGUCAAUGGAUCUUCAACUAAAUGAUGACGACUCCAACGAAGCCGCCGACUUUCUUACUGCUUUUCAGGCUUGUCUAGUGGGGUUGGGGAAACGUCGUUUACUUGGCCACAUGCGCCACAUCUAUGAUCUUUUUGACAAGAAUUGGCCGCAAUCGUGUCAGAAAGUGCACCAUUAUACCGACAUUCAAAUCAAGCGUGCUCUGGAGGAGAUUUCGGAGCCACAGGGGAAAUCAGAGCGCCGUUACCUGUUGAUCCAUGAACUGGCAAGGCAAAUCCCGGACCCCAUCAAGCUACGAUCUCAAAUCUUGCAAAUUUGGGUGCCGUCUAGAGAUACAACUGCCUUGGUCGUCAACAGCUCUAUAUUUCAGCUUGCUCGAAGACCAGAGAUCUGGGAACAGCUUCGAGUUGAAAGCCUUGCCAUUGGCGACGAACCAAUCACUUUUGAACUCUUGCGGUCACUCAAAUUGUUCAAGUACGUUGUGUACGAAACUCUACGACUCCAAGGGCCCUCCUCGCGGGUGCAAAAGGUCGCCGUCCGGGAUACGAUUCUCCCCGUCGGGGGCGGCCCCGAUGGUAAAGCUCCGCUGUUUCUGGAGAAGGGCACCGAUAUCAUUCUAAACCUUUGGGGGCUUCACCACGAUAAAGACAUCUGGGGUGAUGAUGUCGACCAAUUCAGGCCCGAGAGAUUCGCCGACAAACGAUUUACAUGGGACUUUGUUCCUUUUCUCGGCGGACCAAGAAUUUGCCCGGCCCAGCAGCAGGUCCUCACGCACUGCGUCCAAGUCCUUGUGAGGCUGACGAGAGAAUUCUCCAGGAUUGAGAAUAGAGACCCGGUGCUGGAAUACGUUGAGAUGUGGAGAUUGCUUCCAGAGAGCCGAAACGGGAUUAAAGUUGCGCUGUUUGUUUAA